AUGAUGAAGACCAGCCUCAUCCGCCAGCUCUCCGCAGCUUCCACCACCGCCGUCCGUCCUCCCACCGCAGCUGCCAUCACCCGCACCGCCCAGCGCUCGUUCCGUACCUCCCUCCAGCUUCGUGAGGAGGAUGACAAGCAUCGCGAGAUGACGACGGCGGGCAAGCCUGGCGCGUACCAGCACGAGGGCCAAUUCUCCCGCACCGACAAUCAGAUCAAGAUCCAGCACCCAGAAGAGGAGGAGUACCCAAGCUCCCGCCCUGUCCAGGGCCGUGGAGGUCACCACUUCCGGCGCACGCUCGCCUCCUUCAGCUUGCAGAGCCGGGUCGGCGUCGUCACCGGCGGUGCGCGUGGUCUUGGUUUGGUCAUGAGCCAGGCACUCGUCAUUAGCGGGUGCGACGUGGCCAUCGUCGACCUCAACAGUACGCACACUCAAUCUCCACGAAUUCCAAUCGACGUAGCUGACCAAAUUUUCAGAGGAAGAAGGCGAGAAGCAAGCCGGUCUGCUCGUGGAGACGUUCAAGAAGGAGAACCCAGGAGCUACUAUGGUGCCAAAGGUCACUGCUCACUACUGCGAUGUUUCUUCCACCGACUCCGUCGAUCAGGCCAUGGAGGAAAUCCUCAAGGCUCACGGAAAGGUCGAUCACCUCGUGACCUCUGCCGGCUUCACCGAGAACUUCGACGCCAUCGAGUAUCCUACCGACCGCCUGCAGAAGCUCUGGGGUGUGAACGUCAACGGCACAUACAUCUGGGCCUGCACUGUUGCCAAGCACCUCAUGGCUCGCAAGGCCAAAGGCAGUAUGGUCAUGAUUGGUAGCAUGAGCGGCGCCAUCGUGAACGUCCCACAGCCGCAGGCUCCGUACAACGCUGCAAAGGCAGCUGUCCGUCACUUGGCAGCGUCCUUCGCCGUGGAGUGGGCCCACGCCGGCAUCCGCGUGAACUGCAUCUCCCCAGGAUACAUGCUCACCGCACUGUACGUCCCCAGCACACACCCAGACACAAAGCACGUCUUCAUUAGAAGCCUGACUGACUCUGAUUGGUAGAACCAAGAAGAUCCUCGACGAGAACCCCGAUCUCGCUCAGAAGUGGACCAGCCUGAUUCCCGUCGGCAAGAUGGGUGUUCCUGAGGAUCUGAUGGGAGCCGUCACGUUCCUGCUCAGCGACGCGGCAGGCUACAUCACGGGUGCCGAUCUGCGCGUCGACGGUGGUUACACGGUGACCUAA